AUGGACAAUCAAAGAAAGCUAACGACGAACUUGAACAAUAGCAUCAACCGAUACUCGAUGCCUGUGACGCGCUCACGUACGGGGAUGUAUGACGUUGGUCUUGAUCAAACAAACACUACUCGUUUUCUCUUUGGCGACGAAGAGACGAAUUCUGGAGGACAUAGUGGUCCUGAUGCAAACUUCCCAACUCUUGUUCGUCACGACGAUCAGAUUAUCUUGAGCUCUUGGCCCUCUAUCUAUUCGAGCGCCCCACCACAGAACCUAUAUUGUUGUACUAUUGUUGCGUCGAAUUCUGACCCACAACUUUACUCUCAGCUCUCAGCGUCCUCGGCCGCCUUAGAUCUUGCCCUAUCCCCGUCUCCUAAUCCCGAGUCGACAUCUUCUUCAAGAGGUUGGAGCCGUGUUGUUAACCGUCAUCGCCCCCAGCAGAGUCUCUCUUCGAUCAACGGAAGCUCCAACAUCGUGAGCGAUCUUGUUGGCCUGGCAUCUCGACCUACUUCCCUCCGCCAUUCUAUGGAUCUUAAGUAUAUCUCGGAAAACGCAGUCGAGACUGGUGCCAUCAUGUCUCCCAGUGCGACUCCCAACAUGGCGACUCCCCCUAAGCUGCAGAGCUCGUUCUCUUCGAGUGAUGUUCCAACGGUCAAGAGCCCUGGGACUUCGUCUUCAAAGACAAACAACCAUGCACAGCAGCAUUUCCACAACCACAAUGCUAGCCUUGGCCGCAUCCCAGCUGGUGCAGUCCAUCGUGGCCACAGCCGGGAGCUCUCUUCAGAAAACCCUGCUGUUAGCCGUGAGCAGCACAACUAUCCUUCAAUCCAGUCUGCCCUGCAGGCCAGUGCCGCUCCCUUUGGGCCCAGUACCACAGCUGCAGUGCAACCCUCUGCUAUGGUGAACCCUUCAGCUGGGGCCGCAGCCGCGAACAACAACUACAACAACAAUGUGUUCUAUUCUGCCAACGGGUAUGGCGCUCCUCAAGGUAUUCCCCAGGUGAUACCCCAGGGUGCCCCCCAUCAGCCAGGAGGAUACAAUGUCAAUAUGCUCGCGAACAGUAUGCAGCAGAUGAGCAUGAAUGGCGCCAACGGUAGCAACAUGUAUCAGCCUCAGAACUACAACGGCUACAACGCCGGUCCGUAUAAUCAGGGUAACCAGCCUCGAGAUAGCCAGGCACGCGUCAUUCAGCAUCGCCGACAGCUUGACAAUGAAGCUAUGUCUCGCUACCAGAACACGCCCCUUGAUUCCUUCGUGGGCAACAUCUAUGAGCUUUGCAAGGACCAACAUGGCUGCCGUUACCUCCAGAAGAAACUUGAGGAGCGCAACGCCGAUCAGGUUCACAUGAUUUGGGUCGAAACCAACCAGCACGUCAUUGAGCUCAUGACGGACCCGUUUGGUAAUUAUUUGUGCCAAAAGCUCCUUGAGUUCUGCAAUGACGAUGAGAGGACUGUUUUGAUUCAAAAUGCUUCCCAGGAUAUGGUCCGCAUUGCGCUCAACCAACACGGCACACGCGCACUCCAGAAGAUGAUCGAGUAUGUGAGCACCCCUCAACAGGUCCACAUCAUUAUUGAGGCUCUUCGUUACCGGGUUGUGGAGCUUAUCCAGGACCUCAACGGCAACCAUGUCAUUCAGAAGUGUCUCAACAAACUUACCCCUCCUGAUGCGCAAUUCAUCUUUGACGCUGUCGGCGGCAGCUGUGUCGAAGUGGGCACUCACCGACACGGCUGCUGUGUUCUUCAGCGCUGUAUCGACCAUGCCUCUGGCGACCAGAAGCUCUGGCUUAUCCAGCGAAUCACCGAGCACGCACGAAUCCUUGUCCAGGACCCCUUCGGCAACUACGUCGUUCAGUACAUCAUUGACUUGAACGAACCUCUGUUCACCGAGCCUAUUGUUCUUACCUUCAAGGAUUGUAUCACUCAGCUGUCCCGCCAUAAGUUCAGCUCCAACGUCAUCGAGAAGUGCCUGCGCUGCGCCCAGCCACCUUCCAAGGAUCUGAUUGUGGAGGAACUACUACGCAACCAGGAGAUGGAGCGCCUCCUCCGGGACUCAUUCGCCAACUAUGUCAUUCAGACUGCUCUCGAGUAUGCUACUCCUCAUCAAAAGCAUCGCCUGGUAGAGGCCAUCCGCCCCAUCCUUCCCCAGAUUCGAACAACUCCCUACGGCCGUCGUAUUCAAGCUAAGAUCUCGGCCUUCGACAACCGUGGAAGCGCUGCCUCAAGCGGGCAAGUGACACCAGCCGACAACACCCAGGGUCAAAUUCCUAUGCGCGCUACUCACGCUCGAGGUAUUUCUGGAGGUGCCCCUAUUAUCCAGGGCAAUGGUAUGCCUCACAGUGGGCCUAUGCCACCUAUGCGCCAGAACAUGCCCAUCUACUCUCCCAACACCGCCAUGAACGGUCAAGCUCCCACUUCUGGGGGACCUGUUCAGCAGCCUCAGUACGGACAGAUGACUCCUGGCAAUUUUGCUCCCAAUGCUGCUGCCAACGGUGCAGCUAAUGGCAGCGCCGGUAACAGUAGCUUUGCUGGCCAAGCCAGUGGCAACAGCGGCCCUACGAGCCCUACCAAUGGCAAUGGAAAUGUCAGCACGGGUCAGGGCGAAACGCAGUGGCUGUAG